AUGCACCAGCUGGAAGUAACAGUCCAAAAGCUAGUUGGUGAUGUAGCUACUCUUACACAGCAGAAAACGACAUUGGAGACAAAUUUACAAAAUGCCAAUUUAGAAAUCUCACAACUCAAGUCAACGCUUCACUCAAAAACAGGCAGUGGAGCCGUUUACACACGAUGGGGAAGAAAAGAUUGCCCAUUGAAUGGAACACAACUAAUUUAUUCCGGAACAGUCGGUGGAGGAUAUUAUAACAAAGCUGGAGGACCAUCAGACUAUAUCUGCCUUCCACAUGACCCAAAUUUCAUUAAAAGUGAUGGCCCAAUAACGACCGAUGGCUACGUUUCAUCGCUCUAUGGGGCUGAAUAUGAAGAUGGUUCUUACUUCGGAACAAAUUUCAUUGAUAACGACGUUCCUUGUGCUGUCUGUCGGGCGACACAACAGUCAUCCGUAUUGGUAAUACCUAGUAAAACAACUUGCUACGGCAGUUGGAAAGUAGAGUACUAUGGUAGACUUGCGACAGGUGCAGACACCCAUAGUGCAGCUUCGCAGUACAUAUGUAUUGAUAUUGCUGCUGACACUCUAGAAGCUGGAGCUGCCGACCUCAAUGGUAAACUGUUGUAUGCAGUCAAAGCAGUCUGUGGGUCCUUAAGAUGCCCACCGUUUUAUAACAAUGCACCUAUAUCAUGUGUUGUUUGUUCAAAUUAA